AGAAUUUCGGUAAUAGUUUACUAUCCGGGGGGUAACACCGAUUUCAACCAAAUUUCACAGGGGUCAAAGGGGGGGUCCCACGAUACUAAAAAACCAUACCAAACCCACCGCAAUUGUUUAUAACAAAUAAUAGCUAAUAACAAAUUUUAUACAAUGUUCCGUUACAAAAAUUAAGGUGGCGCUGUGUGCAAAUAAAUCAAUAGUGUGCGCAGGUGCAAUUCCUACCCAGCGGCCACUACGUUGCAGUAGACGCCAUUUCGCUUUGCACCCGCUGAAGAAACAGACGCUUUACCUUCGCUUCGUUUAUCGUUUGUAUUCUGCUUUUUUCAAAGCAAUCAUGGCGUGUCAGAGCUGCUUUAAUACACUUCUUUCUUUUUCAGAUUUGUGUCACCGCGAACGGGACCUUAUUUCUUUUUUGCAGGAUCAUCUGGUGCUUCCCGGACCCAUCGCCUGCCCCAGGUGCGAGAAGGAUUGCUACCUUGCACGAGAAGACACCCGACUUCGUUUUAGAUGCCAGCGUCAGGUGAAAGUACCGAAAACUAGGAAGACUAAAAAGUGCUCGUUCUCUGUUACAGCAAAGAAGGGGACCUUCUUCGAGGGAUGUCAUCUGGACGUCCCGACCGUGUGUCGAUUCGUUGCGUGCUGGCUCCUGGUUCACCAUCCGAAGAAGAGGUUCAUCAUGGAAGAGCUGCAAGUUUCGUCCAGGACCUUCGUCGACUGGAGCAGUUUCUGUCGAGAGGUAUGUAUGCAUUAUUUAACAAGUCGUUCUGUUCUUUUAGGUGGAGAAGGAGUUACCGUUGAGAUCGACGAAGCGAAGAUCGGCAAGAGGAAGUACAACCGUGGGAGAAGAAUCGAGGGCCAGUGGAUCUUCGGAGGGUACGAGCGAGGCUCGGGCAACGUUUUCAUUGUUCCAGUUCCAGAUCGAACCACGGAUACCUUGCUUAACCUUAUACGAGACCACAUACGACCUGGCACCACAAUCGUUUCCGAUUGUUGGCGUUCUUACCAGUGUUUAGGUACCGAAGGCUUCCGUCACCUCACCGUUAACCACAGCUUGACCUUCGUGGAUCCCGACACAGGCGCGCACACCCAAAACAUCGAGAGGCUGUGGAGAGACGUGCGAGGAGGAAUUCCACGAUAUGGUCGCAGGGAGGCGCAUAUGUCAGGGUAUCUUGCGGAAUUCUUGUUUAAGCGUGCAGUUCCUCGGACUCACCUUAUUCAUGAAUUCAUGCGAGCUGCUGCCGACCUCUAUCCACCUUCCCCUGUGCCUAUCGGAGAAGAUCCCGAGGAGCCAGUGGCAGGACCGAGCAGCGCGCCGUGAUUUCAUAUUAUCGUCAAAUUGUGCCUUUUUCCGUUUUCACUUGCCACAUUGUUGUAAACCCAUCUUACCACUCCUAUUUCUACCGAAAUUUCCACAUCCUUCCCGACAAGGACGGGUUGACACCUCCUCGUGGUCCUUGUUGGACGGCUGUUCAGUCGACAAAGGAAGCCCAUUUCCUUAAUGACAUGUACGUUUAUCAUGUAUUGUUAUUUAAUAAAAUAAGUGUGGUUA